UGAAACUUAAAACAGCUGUUUCAUGUUUUUGUGUGAAAAUGUCAUGUCUGAUACGUAAGUCUAUUAGCGAAAAGAUUACACAAAUUGUGAGAAACAAUAAUGUUUACUACGAGCUAGAAUCCCCUUUAAAGCGAAGCACCAACAUAUUGGGAAAACCGGUGCUGCAAUGGCAUCUCAAAGGGAACGGCACCAAGUCUGCAAGCAAUUUGGAGAUCUUAAAUGCAGUGUCCGCUUUAAAAUAUGACAGCGAUUUGGUGGAGGAAGUACGCACUGUCCAAGGCAGUGGGAAAACCCCCGAUAAAGUGGAAUUUGUGCUCAGGGAAAACCCGUACGUACAAACCCUAUUACAAGAACCAUUUGAACAUGUUCCAACGCGAAAUGAGCAUAUGGUUUUUGAAUACAGUUCGCCCAAUAUUGCCAAACCUUUUCACGUGGGCCACUUACGAUCCACCAUUAUAGGCAAUGUUUUGGCCAAUAUCUACAAGAGCCUGGGUUAUCAAGUGACAAAAAUGAAUUAUUUAGGCGAUUGGGGUACACAAUUUGGCUUACUACAAAUUGGUGUGGAAAUGCUACAAAUAACAGAUGAAGAAAUGCGAAGAGCUCCCAUAGAGACACUCUACAAAGCCUAUGUUAAAGCUAACAAGGAAGCCUUGGUGGAUGAAAGCAUAGCCGAAAAGGCAAGAAAUUAUUUUAAGCAAUUGGAAUCAGCUCAACAAUCGAAGAAACUUGGUCAACAAUGGCAAAAAUAUCGGGAGUAUACUUUAGAAGAACUAGAGUGUGUUUACAAACGUUUGGGUGCGACAUUCGACGUCUAUGACUGGGAAUCGCAAUACUCACAGACACAUAUUGUACAAGUCUUACAAGCUUUGGACAGCAAAUCUUUGUUAUUACCAGAAAAAGAUGGACGCAAGGUGGUAGAGGUUGAUGAUAGACGUGUGCCCAUUAUUAAAAGUGAUGGUUCUACAUUGUACUUAACUCGCGACAUUGCUGCUCUGCUGGACAGAUGGCAAAGGUUUCAAUUUGAGAAUAUAUUCUAUGUCGUUGAGAAUGGCCAAAGCGAUCAUUUCAAGGCAUGUUUUCAUACCACUUCCAAGCUGGAGCAGGCCAUAACUAUGUCCAAGUUGAAACAUGUUAAAUUUGGCCGUAUACAUGGCAUGAGUACUCGCAAAGGACAAGCAGUAUUUCUAAAAGAUCUUUUAGAUGAGGCCAGGGAUAUUAUGCAUGCGAAGCAAAUUCAAAGUCCGACAACCAAAAUUGAUGUCAACUCCCAUGAUGUAGCCGAUGUUCUGGGAGUAUCGGCUGUCAUUAUAAAUGAUUUAAAACAAAGACGCCAAAGAGAUUAUGAAUUUAAUUGGGAUAAAGCUUUACAAAUGAAUGGUGAUACGGGUAUUAAACUUCAAUACACCCAUUGUCGUUUGUAUAGUUUAUUAGAGCAAAAUGACCACAUACAUGUUACAAAUGAGAAUUUGGCUAUGGAGUGCCUUAAAGAACCAGAAGCUUUAGAUUUACUCAAUGAACUGGCUAAAUAUCCUCAAAUAUUGUGGCAAGCUAAGGAGAAUUUGGAAGCCUGUAUAUUAGUUAAUUACCUGUUUGGAAUAAGCAAUGCCACAAGUCGCGCCCUCAAGACAUUGCACAUCAAAAAUGAAGCUGACCGGAGAAAGCAACAACAUCGUCUGCUGCUAUUCAAGUCAGCAAAGACAAUAUUAAAACAAGGAAUGGAAAUUUUGGGCUUACAACCAUUAAAUAAGAUGUAAUUCUUUUUUAUUUGUUCGUUACAAAAUAUCAAAUCAAACUGUGGUGACAAAGAAAAACAUUUAACGCUUCUUCCAUGUGUAUUUGCGGCGAGCACCCUCUUGGCCAAACUUCUUACGUUCACGUCUGCGAUAAUCACGUGUCAGAAGACCGGCUGAAAGUA